AUGGGGCUGCCAUUGAGUCAACCUCACUUCUGUUCAGUCCUACUGCUGGUGGUUUCAAACUUUCUCCUGUGGGAGAAAGCUGCAUCAGUUCCUGCAUGUCAGAAAGAAGAUGAACACUGCAUGAAACCCAUUGUAGUAACAUUUAACAAUGCCCUCAAGCGAGCUGAAACCAUCCAUAAACUUAUUGAAGAAAUGUAUCAAGAAUUUUUCCGCAAUGAAUUCUCUUCCAGACAUUUUGUAGUCUUUAAUUCACAACUGAUUAGGCAGAAUCAGCUUGUUCUCAGAGCCAGAACUUACUGCCACUCUACUAUCACAAAUCCCCCAAAUAUUGGACCUGAAUAUAUAUAUAUCAGAAACAAAAAGUAUUUAAAAAUGUUUAUCAAUUUUUUGGGUGCCUGGAUCAGCCCUCUAUACCAUCUUGUGUUUGAACUGAGAGCCAUGGAAGAUGUCCCUGAAACUAUCCUCUCAAAAGCCUAUGAGACUGAGAAGAACAACAGAGUACUCCUGGAUGACCUUAGGUGGAUAUUUACCAAGGUCUAUCCUACAAGAAGGAUAACAGAAAUGUUUCCCACCUGGGAACAUCUUCCAUCCAUAAAAUCAAAUGGCAAAGAUUAUCAAUUGUUGGCAAUAUUUAACCUUUCCCAUUGCUUACAAGUGGAUAUAUUCUACACUGAAUUUCAUCUUAGAACAUUGAAGUGUCGCAUAACUAGAGAAGGUUGCCAAGUGACAUCUACCCUGUCUACUCUGGAGAUGGUCCAUGGCAGUGCAUUGCUUGGAAGUUUAGUUUAA